GGGGGAGUGUGGGUCCUGGUGCAGGGCUGCCCGCCGCGGCCUGGGGGGUCCACCAGGCCCCGGAAGGUGCUUUUGCGGCUCCUCCCCAGACCUUCUGGGAGCCGCAGAAAAAAAGCCCAGCUGCUUGAGGUUUGAGGGCAGAGCUCAGCCGUGAAGCAAGUCACAGAGGACCCGGGAUCCCGCGGGGACCGCUUCCCGUCGCUGCCACGCGCUGCCGGCCCCUCACCUGGCUGGGGCAGCGCCUCCCUGGGGUCUGGAGGCUGAGCAGGUGGGGCAGUCCAGCAUUAGAGGGUCAGGGAAUACAUUUGGCAGCUCAGGACCUGCAUUUAGAAAAACAGAACAGAAGAGACCUGAUGAGAGGGCACCGCAGACGGUAGGAAGCUCACCCACCGCCAAGGAGGUGCGGCCUGUGAACGCCAUGGCGGCGGAGAGGCCCGCUGCCUGAGCCGGGAGGGGUGAGGCCCCCGCAGGCCCGAGGAUGGGCAACAUCACGGCGGACGCCUCCCGCCCGAACUGCACCAUCGAACACACCAUCCACCAGACGCUGGCCCCCGUGGUCUACGUCACCGUGCUGGUGGUGGGCUUCCCGGCCAACUGCCUGUCCCUCUACUUCGGCUACCUGCAGAUCAAGGCGCGGAACGAGCUGGGCGUGUACCUGUGCAACCUGACCGUGGCCGACCUCUUCUACAUCUGCUCGCUGCCCUUCUGGCUGCAGUACGUGCUGCAGCACGACAACUGGUCGUACGGGGACCUGUCCUGCCAGGUGUGCGGCAUCCUCCUCUACGAGAACAUCUACAUCAGCGUGGGCUUCCUCUGCUGCAUCUCCAUCGACCGCUACCUGGCCGUGGCCCACCCCUUCCGCUUCCACCAGUUCCGCACCCUGAAGGCGGCCGUGGGCGUCAGCGUGGUCAUCUGGGCCAAGGAGCUGCUGGCCAGCGUCUACUUCCUCCUGCACACCGAGCUGGUGGAGGACGGCGACCAGCACCGCGUCUGCUUCGAGCACUACCCGCUGCAGCCCUGGCAGCGCAACAUCAACUACUACCGCUUCCUCGUGGGCUUCCUCUUCCCACUCUGCCUGCUGCUGGCCGCCUACCGGGGCAUCCUGCGCGCCGUGCGCCGCAGCCACGGCACCCAGCAGAGCCGCAAGGACCAGAUCCAGCGGCUGGUGCUCAGCACCGUGGUCAUCUUCCUGGCCUGCUUCCUGCCCUACCACGUGCUGCUGCUCGUGCGCAGCCUCUGGGAGUCCAGCUGCCAGUUCGCCCAGAGCGUCUUCAACGCCUACCACUUUGCCCUGCUGCUCACCACCUUCAACUGCGUGGCCGACCCCGUGCUGUACUGCUUCGUCAGCGAGACCACCCACCGGGACAUGGCCCGCCUGCGCGCCGCCUGCCGGGCCCUCCUCACCUGCUCCAGGACCGGCGGGCCCCGGGAGGCCUACCCGCUGGGCACCCCCGAGGCCUCGGGGGUGAAAAGCGAGGAGCCCGAGUUGCUCAGGAAGCUCCAGUCGACCUUCCAGACCCCUCACUCACCUAAAGGGGAAGGGGCGCCCCCCGCCGGGCUGGCCUAGCCGGAGUCAGCCAUGUGCGGGGGUGAAGUGAGGUCUGAGCUUGCUGGCCGGCUGGGCUGCCGCCGCUUGGCCAAGGGCAGGCGCCUCUUUCUGCUGGAGGGGACGAGGGGCUGGGGGUCACUGCACCCCGGGCCUGGGCUGCAGCCAGGCCUCGCUGGUUCCAGGGAGCGUGCAGCUUGCUGAGCCCGCUGGGGUGAGCCCAUCAGUCUGUCUUCUGCUGCAGGCGGGGCUGCUGGCAGGAGGAAGACGGUGAACUGGCACCUGCAGGUUUUCAAAGAGAAGCCGGGCUGGGGGAGUGCAGGGUGAGAGGACGUGCACGGAGGGGCGUAGGGAGAGGAGGGAGGGGACUGGGUGUGCGCUGGCCGGGCCUUCCAGUGCGGUUGUUGUCAUGGAGGACACCUGUCCAAACGUACUGGUGUCAUCCAAGGAGGUGACCAAAGCUGCGUUGUCAUCAGGAACACUGAGCCCCACCCACAAGGGGAUCGGAAGGAAGAUGAGGGGGGCCAGGAGGUUGGAGGGGAGAAGGAAUGCGGGGAAGCAUCUGGGGUACUGAUAGUGUGCAUGGGGGCAGGGCGGGGAGUGGCACGCAGAGCGGAGACCCCUGCACACCGUGGUGUAGGGAGAGCCGAGCAGAUGCCCCAAGCUCAGGGUUGAUGGAACACAGGUCUUGGGGCUCCCGGGCCGAUGUCUGUGGUCCUUGAAAUAGUCAGUGCUGAAGCACACGUGUCCAGACAGAGGCCUAAAGCCCAGGCGUGUAAUCACGUUCCCCACACGGAUUCCUCCGCUUCAGUGUUGUUUCCAUCGGCCCAGGAGCGCCAGACCUGGGAGUGUGUGUGUGUGUGUGUGUGUGUGUGUGUGUCCAUGUGUCCAUGUUUAAAACGCCAGGGUCUCCAUGACAGCUGUGUGCCAAGACCCUGAGGCUAGGGUCACGUGACUAUUGGCAGUGUCCGCCCACGCCCACCCCGGCCUCUGCCUCUGCCCCUUGCCGUACCCACAGUGGAAUGUCUUAACAGUCUAACAGUCUGAGCAUGACAUUCUCCUCCGUUCUCAGAUGCAACAAAACAAAACGGAUGCAUUCUCUGGCAUCUCUCAGUCUCUGUAAUGGAGAGAGGAGGUGGCCCUGGGCUGCCUUCGCCUCCUUUGUUGUCCUGCGCGGCUCCGCCACAUCCCCCACCUCAACCCCCUGGAGCGUGAGAGUGGUCCCGUGGGCCACAUGUAGCCCAGGGUGCUGACCGCCACCUUCUGUCCUGUCCUGGGAAGCUCAGCUCCCCUGCAGCUCUGCCACACAUGUUGAGCCCCUGCCCUGGCAGUCAGACCAAGGACCAGAAGAGCUUCCUACUGCUCCAGGGACCUGCCCACUUUAACAGACGUGCUAGCCCUUCAGAUGGCCUGGUCGAUGGCUGGGGCCAGCUCUCACAUCCCUGGGAUGUGAGUUCCUCGCACACAAGAGGACAGGUGGGCUCAAGUCUGGGGAGGGACUAGGGAUGGGGAGAUGGAAGCGGGGGCCAGUAGAACAGUUGUGGAGUCUGCUAAAGGCAGGGUCAGGAAGAGCAUCUUUGAACUUUCUCUCCCCCACCCACACCCCCCAUCCGGCGUGCCCAAAGGCAGAUAGCCCGAGCGGGGUUGCCCUAGGGAAGUGGGGUCCCAGGGCUCCACUUGGCUCUGACUGGGCAGCACCGGCCCCAGCUCCUUAUGGAGGGUCUCCCAUCACCUGAAGAGGUUCUCUUUCCCCUUCCUGAAGGUCUGAAGGUGGCGGAAAUGGCCACACAACCAAGAAAAGCCCGCCCGCCCCAGCCCAGGAUCCUCCUGGGGCAAUGGCACCGGCCGAGUCCUCCAUGCCUCCUCAUUCCCUGUUUGUCCCUGUUUUGACCUUAAACACCAGUUCUCCCACCAGGAUGGACUGGGAAGAGCUGAGGGAGAUUCUGUUUACUAUCAAGAGUUGUAUUUUCGUAUCGUCCUCUCUUUUAUGCCAAGUAUGUGUGUGUUGGGCUGCGCAGUGGAUUUAUGUAGCAAAUGUGAGUUUGCCAAUAAAACAGAAUAACCAGCCCCA